AUGUCUCAUUCCGAUAAUGCUCUGAGCCCACAAGGUGAUCAUUUUGUGACACCUAAACAAUAUGGCCUUCCGCAAACCCUGUCUCAGCAGAAGCUCACGCCCUUGGAUAUGAACAUGCUAAGGCUCUAUGGCGCGCGUUGGAUCCUGUGCUUUCCGUUACCACCUGGUACCAACAAAGCUCAAGUAUACGAGAACUUGAAGGAGGGGUUAGCACACACGAUUAGAUCUAUUCCAUGGAUCGCUGGUAAAGUUGGACCAGAGGAAGGACAAGACCCGAAGCACAACAGAAUCCAGAUUGUGGAUUCAUCAAGCGGUGUUAAAUUUCCACGCCAAGAUCUCAACGGAAUAUUGCCUCCUUAUACGGAGUUGAAGAAGGAACAUUUCCCACUUUCCAGACUCUUGACUGCGCAGCUCGGCCCAAUGGGCGUCCUGCCAGAAGGACCUGAGCAGCCGGUCAUGGCAGCUCAAGCAAAUUUCAUCGAAGGUGGCCUUUUGCUGACAGUCGGAAUCCAUCACUCGGUUUGCGACGCCUCGGCAUUGGACGUCAUUGUAAACACCUGGUCUCAAAACACUGCUGCAGCCAGCGGCAGCUCCAAGUCCUUCACCACAUACGACGCCCAGUCAAACGAUCGCAGCCCCCUUAUGGAAGGGAUGCAGGGGGCUAACUUUGUUGACUUCCCCGAGUACAUGCUCUCACCCCCUGCAAACGGCGGCACGCAGCAAAUGCCUGCAAUGGCCUUUGAGAUGCCUCCACUUGCGGCGCGCAUUUUCCACUUUUCACCGGAAUCGCUUGCAAACCUCAAAGCCGCCGCUGCAGCUUUCUCUACCAAUGAUGCUCUGUGCGCCUUUAUUUGGCAACACAUGACUUUGGCCCGAACGCGCUCUGGCUUUUUUGCUGAUCCCGCCAGCGGCGAGGAAACCUCGGCCCUGGCUUAUGCAGUCAAUAUUCGCAACCGAAUGAGCCCGCCACUGCCGUCAACAUUCCUUGGAAACGCUUCGAUGGCCUCUAUGAGGAAACGGCUUGCCGUCUCAACCCUUACAUCGGACACUGCGCUCUCCGAAGCAGCAGCCGCAAUCCGAAAGUCGUUGAUUGCGUUCAAUAGCCCCUGUCGGGUGCCACUAACUAUUGGACUUCUUAAUUCUCGGCCAGAUCCUACGGAUUUCAAGUUAGCAUACAAUGCUUUCUUGGGUCCAGAUAUUGUUACAACGUCGUGGGCUGACCUCAAGGUUUAUGAGAGCGAUUGGGGCACCUUGGGCAUGGUAGAUUCCCUCCGGAUGCCGGGCGAAGGUGCGGAUGGUACUAUCAUUGUUCUUCCUAGGCUGAAAGACGGCGGGUUGGAGGUUAGCAUAGGAUUGAGACUUGGGGCAAUGGAGAAAUUGCUCCAAGACGACGAGUUCACCAAGGUUGCCCAGCCUUGA